AGGGGUGUCCCUGCGUUACAGCUCGGCUCCCGGCUUCUCAAGCCCCACCUCGGCCCGUGUUCGCCCCGGGGUCUCCAUGGCGGCCUUCUUGUCCCUGCGGGUCGGGGCCUUCGCCUGCCGAGCUCUGCCGGCUACGUCGAGGCGAUGGCUGAGCUUCAGGCUGCGGGAGGAGACCGCGCACUGCGCCCUGGAGGUGUCACCCGACGGCAGCGGCGUCGUAAACCGUGUGAUUGGCCUCGACUCCAGCAAGCUGCCCGCCAGCCCGGCUCGCUUUGUCGACUGGGCCGCGGUCAUGGGCGACACGACCAUUUCCUCUGGCCGCCACUACUGGGAGGUCACAGUUAAAGAAUCAUCGGACUUCCGUGUGGGGGUAGCGGACCCAGCCGUGACACGGGACCUCUGUCCAGGUGAUGCCCCUCACUCGUGGGCCUUCUCCUUCUCUCCAAGCGGCCACUGGACAGCACUGAAUGCUGGUCACGCAGAGCCGCUCAUCGAUAGCAUAGGGCAACAGGAGCGUAUCGGUCUGCUGCUUGAUCUGGAGGCCGGCUCGCUCGGCUUGGUCUUGCCAGGGUCUCCGCCACGCCUGAUUAAUCAAAUCAAGGCUAAGUUCUCCACGCCACUGACACCCACAUUUGUGUUGUGGGAUGGAGAACUGCUCAUGCAUGCAGAUUUGGAUGUACCAGCUGGCUUAUCCUAACUGGUGUGGAUUUUUUAUUUUUAUAAAAUGGGAACAUUGUUUUCGUCAAGGAAACUUGUCUUUGUGCUGUGGGAUGUAGAGCUGCUCAUGCAUGUGGGUUUGAAUGUACCAGCUGGAUAAGUCUAACGGGUGUAGGUUUUUUCAAUAUAAAUUGAAAACUUUAUUUUCAUCAAGAAAACAUGACCUAAUGAGAUACAUUUUACAAAUUUACAGAUUAUUGAGAAUUAAAUGCAACAACAGGAAUGCUGAAUUCCACUUGCUGCAUACAUAUCAAGCAAUAAUGUUUACAUACCUAACAUCCUCAGUUGUCAAUGUGUUAACUUGCCAUUUUGUGACAAUAAAUGUUUUAUAUUUUGAGGGCUAA